AUGCUAGGAGAAGCAAAAGUUUUGGUGGAAAUUGAGCUUGAUAAGCCUUUUCCUCAAAAAGUCGCAGCAUGGGAUAAGCAAGGGAACUACUCCAUGAUCGAUGUUGAAUACACUUGGCUUCCUUCCAAGUGUGAGAAGUGUGGUCAUCUUGGUCACAAGGCAAAGAGAUGUUUGUCCACAUCUCAACAAACUACUCCAGCAAAGGAUCAUGUAUUGGUGGUUGUGGAUGUUUCUGCAUCUCCUACAAGCGUGGGUGCUUCAUCUCCUAAGGUAAAUGCUAUCUCUCAUCCGUCGAUGGAUCAGGUUAAAGCUGCUGAUGAACCUAGUAGCUGCCAAGUGGAUUCUUUUGUUAAAUCUGCUGCUGUUGAGGUAGAUUUUUCACCGGUAGUCUCAGGUUUCAACACAACUAUUGUUUCAUCUUCCCCUACGAUUGACAUGUCUUCAUUGGCGUCAAUCACGUUACUUGAGAACAUGUGUACCUCUCCUUCAAUUAUCUGCAUCAACGACACAAUUGAGACUCCAACUCAGGAGCCUGCCCAACAUCAUUCAGCCACUACAACUUCUCCAGAAUAUACAAGCACCAGCAAUGGAGCUUGUCUCGAUGAACCUGACUUGGGUUCUAACAAAUUUGCUUCUUUGCUCAAUGUGGAGGAGGACGAAGAAGAUAUUCUAGAAUUUGAUAAUGAUUCAGAGCCGAUGGAUUACAUGUCACCAUUUGGGAAAAGAAUCCUGCGAGAAAGGCCCGUAAAACCAACUACAAAGGCUAAGGAGAUGCAUUCGCAAUCCACAAGCCGUGGACGGGGGAGUCGAGGCCGAAGCCGUGGGAAUCGUGGUAGACGUGGCUAG